UUGCCAGAGCAUUAGAUCCCUACUUCUACUCCAGGAAACAAGCUUUUUUAUUUAACUGGUCAGACACCCUAGAGCCAAGUAGAGGUUCAUGACCACUGUACAGCUGGCAGCAGCCAGCUGUCCACAUCGACAUAGACAUCUGUGCCCCUUGUAGACAGCCCCCACCUCGGGCUCACGGACCAGUCUGGCUGCUGAGCUCCCAGGAGGUCUGAGGGUGUGACCUCCCUCCCCCUCAGCCUCCCUUCCUCCACCCACGCCCAGCCCAGGGCUGCCUAUAAAGCUGGCCAGCCUGGCUCUCAGCAACCCAGCUGGGCCCCUCCUGGAGCCUCUUCCAGGGACACUUCUGCUCCGUUCCUGCUCCUCCCGAACGGCACCAUGAGGCCCCUGUGGCUCUGCUGGGCACUCUGGGUGCUGCCCCCGGCCGGCCCCGGGGUGGCCCUGACAGGGGAGCAGAUCCUGGGCAGCCUGCUGCAGCAGCUGCACCUCAGGGAGGUGCCCACCCUGGAUAAGGCCAAUGUGGAGGAGCUAGACACCCCUGGCCACGUGAGGGCCCAGUACGUGUCCCUGCUGCAGCGAGGCCACGGAGCCCGAUCCCGAGGGAAGAGGUUCAGCCAAAACUUCCGAGAGGUGGCUGGCAGGUUCCUGGCGUCCGAAGCCUCCGCGCACCUGCUGGUGUUCCACCUGGAGCAGCGACUGCCGCCCGAGAGCGAGCUGGUGCAGGCCGUGCUGCGCCUCUUCCAGGAGCCGGUCCCCAAGGCCGCGCUCCGCAGGCACGAGCGGCUGUCCCCGCGCAGCGACCGAGCGCGCGUCACCGUCCAGUGGCUGCACGUCCGCGACGAUGGCUCGAACCGCACCUCCCUGGUGGACUCCAGGCUGGUGUCCGUCCACGAGAGCGGCUGGAGGGCCUUCGACGUGACGGAGGCCGUGCACUUCUGGCAGCAGCUGAGUCGGCCCCGGCAGCCGCUGCUGCUGCAGGUGUCAGUGCAGAGGGAGCACCUGGGCCCGCUGGCCUCCAGCGCCCACCAGCUGGUCCGCUUCGCUUCUCAGGGGCCGCGGGCCGCGGGGCAGGGCGAGCCCCAGCUGGAGCUGCACGCUCUGGACCUCAGGGACUAUGGAGCUCAGGGCAACUGUGGUCCUGAGGAGCCAGGGCCCGUGGGCACCCGCUGCUGCCGCCGGGAGAUGUACAUUGACCUGCAGGACAUGAAGUGGGCUGAGCACUGGGUCCUGGAGCCCCCGGGUUUCCUGGCCUACGAGUGUGUGGGCACCUGCCAGCAGCCUCCGGAGCCCCUGACCUUCAAGUGGCCGUUUCUGGGGCCAAGGCAGUGCGUCGCCUCGGAGAUGACCUCGCUGCCCAUGAUUGUCAGCGUCAAGGAGGGGGGCAGGCUCAGGCCGCAGGUGGUCAGCCUACCCAACAUGAGGGUGCAGAAGUGCAGCUGUGCCUCAGAUGGGGCGCCAGUGCCAAGGAAGUUGGAGCCGCAGGGAGGGUAGUCCUUGAGGGAUCUGAUUCCUGUUUGCUUCAGAAGUGUUCUUGAGCACCAGGAGAGGUGGGGAUUACCAAAUGGGAAAUGGGCAAAUGCUCUGUCCUCCAGCUGAGCGCUGGACUUGCUUUCUUUGAAGUCAGUUCCUCUCCUAAUUACCACAUCCCUGGAACAGGACGCCUUGGUCACUGGGUAGCUCCCACCCAGUAUUCUCUGCUUUUAAAAUUUUGUACUGCACUAUAUCCUAAGCACUUAUCUGUGUAGAUUCUCUAACCUAAGAGCAGAACCCUUGAUUUGG